GCAAUCAUAGAGGCUGAUAAUUUGAAUGUGAGUUGUGAGCAAGAUGCCUUCCGUGCGAUAAAACGAUGGUAUGAGUACGAUGCCUCUGCACGCCAAAAAGAACUGCCAGUUCUAAUCGAUUGCUUACGUCUUACGCAACUCGGCGAAUGCUUUUUAAUGGAGAACGUUCAACCAUUGCCAGGAUGUGAAGUGUUGGCAUUAAGAGCACUAUCGUGGAUAGGUUUUCCAUCAACACGUUCGAAAGUAUCAUUAAAAUUUUCAGCACCACGACAAAAUGUGUGCAACAAACCGGUAUUGUUAGCGGUGCAAGUAUCGGAAAAUUUGUCUUGCAACGGUCGUUCUACAGGUGUGGUCACAAACAUUUUUCAAUAUGACAAAGCUGAAGAUGAAUGGCACAAAUACGCCGACAUAGGAACCUCUGAUUGGAAGAACUACGGCCUGGAACUCUUUGACAAUAGUCUAAUGUUUAUUGGAGGUAGAUGCCGUGGCAAUGAAGUCAAUACUGUUAAAAGCUGGAGUUUUACGACGAAAACGUGGAUAACGUUGCCCCCAAUGGUUCGGCUAAGGAGUUUUCCAGUCGUUUUAUCAUUAAAUAAAAGUAUCUACGCCAUUGGCGGACAAAAUGCCGCAUCAGUGGAAAUGUAUUCGCCUGUUAGCGGAUGGAAAUUUGUAAGCAACAUGUCAUCACAGCGUUAUAGUGCUGGCGCAGUGGUUCAUGACGGCAAAAUUUUCAUUAUGGGAGGCUGCGAUGGAUGGUCUUCCUUAAAAUCUGUUGAACGUUACGACCCAUCUUUGAAUUCUUGGACCAAGUGUGCGGAUAUGAAUGCAGUUCGUCGUUGUCCUGCAGUAGCCGUACACAAUGGAUGCAUAUAUGUUUUAGGUGGUGGGUCUGAAAUAGUUGAACGGUACGACCCAAAAAGGAACAAAUGGACUAAGAUCUGCUCUUUGAGCGUUAAAUGUAACGCCAUGGGUUGUGUUUCUAUGGAUGAUCAACUGUGGGCCAUUGGAGGUAACACCACAAAUUUCGUGUCAGUUUACAACGCAGAGCGUAAUGAAUGGAUCGAAAAGAAAAAACUACCUGCACCUGUUGGUGGUUCAUACUUCUGUUAUGUUGUGCCGAAAAUGUUACUUAAAAAUUAAUAAGACGUGUGGCAGUUUAAUAAGAAGAUGCCUAUUAAAGGCGGUUUUUGAUUUCCAACAUACAUACAUAUUUUUGAAAGGAAUUCGAGUUGAAUGAACUUUUAUGUAUAACUACUACCUUAAUUUUGUGUUUUUGAAUUGGAGUUUAAUGAACUUUUAUGUAUAACCAUUAUUUUUAAUUUUGUAAUGGGUUCUCUUGCUACAGCUGCGAAGAGGCCAAACU